GGUAGCCAGAGUACUAGAGCUCAGAUACUCUGCUGAAGAGUGCCCCACCGAAUAUCCGCCUCACUUGCCCCCCUCUCUCACACCUCACUGCUCAGUCUGCGGCCUCUUCACCUGCCUCGCGUGGCCUGGGAGUGCACACCGCUGCUCCACACAUCCAGGACAGAGAUCCUCUCCAGAGAGUCCACAGUCAGGGACAGCGCUAACCUCUCGUGGCCCCACCCCCUCACCUCGUCCCCCCUGCUCACUCACCAAUCUGCGUAACCAUGGAGGACGCCGUGGAGCAGUCUCGCUGGGUGUCGCCGUCGGCGAUCGGGCCUGAGGCGAUGAGCAGCUUCACCUCGGAGCCGGGCCUGCUACCUCAGGGCGAGGAGGAGGAGUCGCUGUACUCCAGUGCCGAUUCGGACUUCGCCACCCUGCCCUCCUACUUCUCCAGCCCCAGCCACAGUCGGGCCACUCCGGUCUACAGGCACAGCCCAGUUCGCCAGGUCUACUCCUCCUCCUCCCUCCUCAACAACAUCCCGUGGCUUGAGGGCUCCGGAGGCCAUGCCCUGAGCUCCCCCUAUACCCCUCCGCCCUCCUCCUGGCCCGGCAGUCCUUUCGGAAAGACUCCUCUGCACCCCCAUACCUCGUCCUCCCUCUACCAGCCCACCCCCACCUCCUCGUUCUCGUCCACCAGGGACGGGGUCCCUUCCCCAGGCCAGGAUGGCAAGGACACCCUCCGGCUACAGGAGGCCAUGAAGGGUGAGAGGCUGAGCCCCAUAGAGGGAGGUGGGGGCAGUUUCCUGACCCUGGGUUCGGCCGCCGGGGGGAUCUACCCGCACCCUCCCCACUCGCACUCCCACUCGCUGGGGCACUAUAACUCCUACAUGGCCUCCCCGCAGGAGUACAGCACCGCGGCGCUCUACUCCUCCCCAGGGGGCUGGAUGAGCCCCUCCUCCUACUCCCCAAAACUGCGCAAUAAGAUGAGACUCUCCCCACCUGAGGCCCGGGAGUGUGUGAACUGCGGGGCCACUGCCACCCCGCUGUGGCGCCGUGAUGGGACAGGCCACUACCUGUGCAACGCCUGCGGGCUGUACCACAAGAUGAACGGACAGAACCGACCCCUCAUUCGGCCAAAGAAGAGACUGAUUGUCAGCAAGAGGGCAGGCACUCAGUGCGCAAACUGCCACACCAGCACCACCACCCUGUGGAGGCGCAAUGCCAGUGGAGAGCCCGUGUGCAACGCCUGCGGACUCUACUUCAAACUGCACAAUGUGAACAGACCCCUCACCAUGAAGAAGGACGGCAUCCAGACACGGAACCGCAAAGUGUCCAACAAGAACAAAAAGGGGAAGAAGAGUGUGGGGGCUGACCCGUACGCUGACCCACCCCGGGGACCCCCUUCUGAGCAGCAUGCUGGCCCCUACCCUCUGGGCUCCGGGCCCCUGCUCUCGUACAGCCACUCCCCACACCUGCUGCCCCAGUCCAACUCCCUGUACCCGUCCGCCUCACUGCCCUACUCCUACCAUCCAACCUCCGGCAUGGUGCCCACACUGGUGUGAGGAGCACAAAGGGAGGCAGCAUGGGCACCUAGUCAUAGGAUUGUACAGACAUAGAAGGAGACACACACACACACACACACACACACACACACACACACACACACACACACA